GUGAACAAAAUUUUAUAUAGUUAGGAUUGGUUAGCAAGUGAUUAAAUUUUUGUAUUCCAUUGUAAAAAAGCUUCGCGAAUAUAUAUAUUCAAAGCGGAGAUGAGGGUAUUUAUUUACUAUAAAUAUCAAUUCUUUUUUGUGCGAUUCUUGUUGAUUCUGGUGUCGUUAUCUUUUGGAGAAUGUUUUUACGUACCGGGUGUUGCGCCCGUCGAAUUUUCAGUGGGUCAAAAAAUCGAUGUUAAAGCUGUAAAAAUGACAAGUAGUCGGACCCAAUUGCCUUACCAGUAUUACUCACUUCAAUUCUGUUUGCCUAAAAAUGGUACCUUAAUAUAUAAAUCAGAAAAUUUGGGUGAAGUUCUUCGUGGUGACCGUAUUGUAAAUACACCUUAUGAGGUCCUUAUGGGUGAAAACAUUAAUUGUAAGUUACUAUGUCACAAAGAGAAUCAACCUAUGAAUUGGAACCAAGAUCAAUCAGCCAUUGUUGCCGAAAGGAUACGUCACGAGUAUUUCGUACAUUUAUUGGUUGAUAACUUGCCUGUAGCUACUAGAAUCUCAAAUAUUAAUAAUCCAAAUGAAAUAACCUACGAACAUGGAUAUCGUUUGGGACAAGUUGACGGUGAUAAUAUAUACAUCAACAAUCACCUAAAAUUUAUUAUAUCAUACCAUAUGCACACAAAGAACAAAUACCGAGUAGUUGGUUUUGAAGUAGAGACCGCUUCAGUCAAUUAUAAAGACAUAAAAUUCGAAGGAGAUUCUUGUAAUUUUCCGGACAAUGCAAGACCACAAUCGGUAAAUCCGAAUUCAAAGACGAAACUGUAUUUUACUUAUUCUGUUGAAUGGAAGGAAUCCAAAGUUAGCUGGGCUUCUAGAUGGGACAUAUAUCUUGGAAUGAAGGACGUUCAAAUACAUUGGUUCAGCAUUAUAAACUCGCUCGUGGUCGUAUUUUUCCUUUCAGGUAUAUUAACUAUGAUUAUGAUACGGACUCUUCGUCGAGACAUCGCUCGUUACAACACAGAUGACAACAUUGAGGACACACUGGAAGAAACGGGAUGGAAGUUAGUGCACGGAGAUGUCUUUCGUCCCCCUAAAAAUACACGUUUGUUUUCAGCUGUUAUUGGAAGCGGAAUACAGAUAUUUUUCAUGGCGUUAAUUACAAUAUUUUUCGCUAUGCUUGGUAUGCUUUCACCGUCCUCCCGAGGAGCUUUAAUGACUUCAGGCAUUUUUAUGUACGUUUUCAUGGGAACAAUUGCUGGAUACUUUGCCGCACGUCUUUAUAAAACUAUGAAGGGACGAGAGUGGAAACGUUCGGCCUUCUUAACAGCUACUUUAUAUCCUGGAAUAGUUUUUGGAACCGGGUUUAUACUAAAUUUCUUUAUAUGGGAUAAACAUUCAAGUGGCGCUGUCCCAUUCACUACAAUGAUUUCGUUGCUGCUCUUGUGGUUUGGCAUAUCGGUUCCUUUAGUUUAUUUAGGCUAUUACUUUGGCUAUCGAAAACAACCAUAUCAGCAUCCUGUCCGAACCAAUAUGAUACCGAGACAAGUUCCCACACAGCACUGGUACAUGAAUGUUGUGCUUAGCACGUUAAUGGCUGGAAUUUUGCCUUUCGGAGCGGUUUUCAUCGAAUUGUUUUUCGUUUUCACUGCUAUAUGGCAAAACCAAUUCUAUUACUUGUUCGGCUUUCUAUUUCUUGUAUUUUGUAUCUUAGUCGUGAGCUGUGGUCAAAUAUCAAUUGUUAUGACAUAUUUCCAACUGUGUGGAGAGGAUUACCGUUGGUGGUGGCGUAGUUUUAUCGUUUCUGGUGGUUCAGCUGUUUAUGUGUUAUUUUACAGCAUUUUCUACUUUUUUACCAAACUGGAAAUCACCGAAUUUAUUCCUACGCUCUUAUACUUAAGUUACACAGGAAUUAUGGUACUAACAUUUUGGCUACUGACCGGAACAAUUGGAUUUUUUUCUGCUUAUAGCUUUAUCCGAAAAAUUUACGGCGCAGUUAAAAUCGAUUGAUUUUUUACCGUUUAUUUAAUGUAAAAAAACCUUAUUUUUGAUUUGUAGCUCUAACUUCAGGAUAACAUAUUAUAUGUUGUCGCUUUGAAUAACAUAAAAAUGAUAAUUUAAUUUAUAACUAUUAGUGUAUAUUUAAAUUUAGUUGACUACUACGCUAGAACUUGAUAAAUUAUAUCAUUCUUAGAUUUAUAAUAAUAAGCAGUAAUGCAAAGGAAAUGCUGGAUUUCAUUUAAUCACAACUGUUUAUUUCCAUAUCUGUAUGUAUAAUAACUAAGUCAAAUCGUGUUUUAGGCACCUAUGCUCAAUAAAGUAUACUUUUGGCAUUGUGAUAUUGAGCAUAAUUGACUACAUAAAAUAUACAUGUAAAAUAUAAAAUGACCGAAAUUAAAAGUGAGAAUGGAAUUUCCUAAAUUAAAA